AUGCGGACGUCUCUGGAAUCCACCAGCGUGUUGCUGGCCCUCAUGGCCAUGCCCCUCGCCUCCGCUGAAAAGGUGUUGGGAGCCUACAUCUUUGCCCGUCAUGGCGAUCGCACCCCCAAGGUUCUGGGCAACACCGAACUGACCGAUCUGGGGUACUUGGAAGUGUUUCAAACCGGCAGCUACUACCACGACCGGUACAUCGCGUCCAACUCGUCCCACCAGAUCCAGGGGAUUAGUGACGAGGUCGUCACGCUCAGCCAGAUCAGUGCUUCUGCGCCGGAGGACUCGGUGCUGCAGAACUCUGCUACCGGAUUCCUUCAAGGAGUGUACCCUCCCGUUGGAUCGGUGGCCAGUCAGAAGCUGAGCAAUGGGAAGACCGUGGAAGCCCCGCUGAAUGGCUACCAGCUGAUCCCCCUCGCGCUCAUCGAAACCAACGCGAACAGCGAGGACAACACUUGGCUGCAGGCGGCGACCGGCUGUCAGAACGCCAAGGUCAGUAGCAACAGCUACUACGACUCGGCAUUGUAUAAGGACCUGCUCGCCUCCACCGGCGCGGUCUACAAAUCGCUCUCCUCGUACCUGGACAAAACCUUCACGGACUCCCAGAUGAGCUUCAAGUCCGCCUACACCAUCUGGGACUACCUCAACGUCGCCUCGAUCCACAACUCGAGCAGCGAUUAUCCCUCAGAGGAGGUGCGCCAGCAGCUGUUCCAGCUCGCCAACAUCGAGCAGUACAGCCUGGCCUAUAACUCCUCCGACUCCAUCCGCGCCAUCGCAGGUUCGACGCUCGCCGGCGAGGUGCUGCAGGCCCUCAACAAGACCAUCACCUCCCAGGGCAAGACGAAGCUGAACAUCCAGUUCGGGUCAUACGGCACGUUCCUCUCGUACUUUGGCCUUGCGCAGCUGCCCGCCGCCUCGGUCGAUUUCACCGGCAUCCCGGACUAUGCCUCCUCCAUGGCCUGGGAGCUCGUCACCGACUCCACCUCGAACGAGUUCCCCUCCGCCUCGGAGAUCAGCGUCCGCUUCCUCUUCCACAACGGCACGAUCAGCGGCGCAGCCGACCCGUCCGAGUUCCCGCUGUACGGCCAGUCGAGCGUCACCAUCCCCUGGUCGGACUUUGUUGGGUUGACCGAGAAGAUCGCCAUUACGAGUAAUGAACAGUGGUGCAAGGCAUGCGGCAACACAAACGGCCAGUGCGCGGCCUAUACUGCUACGGCGACGGGCUCUUCCUCAUCCCCUGCGGCGGAUGCCUCGAAGGGCGGGCUGUCGCUUCCCGUGGCUGGAGUCAUUGGUGCCAUGGUCACUUUGGCUGUGGUCCUAGGUCUCGAGGCUCUCUUCCUGCUGUUCGGUGGGUUCCGGAUCACCAAGAAGCGAAGUGCUGUUUCUGGGGUUGAGGCUAUGAGUGUUGAGGGAGGAAAGAAGGCCUGA